AUGUUGGAUCUCGCUCGUCUUCUCCCAGCCUCUGCUCGAACGGACCAUAAACUCGUGAGCCCCACAGAUGAGAUCCAAAAGUUCUUGAAGAAGGAUCUGAUGGUCAAUAAACUGAAUAAAAUUGACAAAUACCUAUGGCUGGCUGGUCAACCUAUGCCGCCCAAGCCCCUCAAUUACCAGAUUGCGACCUCGCGCGAAAUCGUCGUGGACGAGAGAAUCGACGUGCAUAUGGUCUGGGAGCACUCUCAACAGCAGGCGUGCUCGCGAGAGCUAUACAAAUGCGCUCUUGGUCUCUUAUCUUCCUAUAUGGCCCUUGUACAAUUUGAAAGUGAUUUCUUAAUUGCACAAAACUACCAUCUAUUACCAAAUACCAUCACGUGGGAGAGGUGGCUCGAGCUAAACCAGCAGUUGUUGGGGAACGAUAUGACCAGCCCCGGGCAUAUCAACUCGCGGUAUUUAUUUGGAGAGCUGAGACUGUCACGACUGAACAAAAUCUACGCAAUUCGCCAUGCUAGCGUCUUGAGCGGCUAUCAGUUCACCUAUCAGACGUACGGUGAUCUUUUCUACGACUAUCUUACUCCGCUGACUGCAGCGACAAUCUACGUUGCGCUAGUGUUGACGGCGAUGCAGGUUGGGCUGGCGACCGAUCGUUUAGGCUUUAACCCACCAUUCCAGGACGCUUCAUAUGGAUUUACGGUCUUUGCUAUUCUCGGACCUUUGAUCGGUAUUCUAUUAAUCGGGAUUAUUGGGGGUUUGGCCUUUGUCAAUAAUCUAAUAGGAUCAUGGAAGUUUAAGCGGCAACAGUUUGCCCUGUAUGAACUGUCGCAAGUGCGAAAUCAACUACCUUGA